AUUAAGAGAAACAUUAACUCUCUUUCCAAAACUUUCUUUUCUCUUAAGGUUUUUCAUCAUGGAACUUUCACUUUCUUCCAUCCAAGUUCUAGUUAAGGAAAUCAAGGAAGAGAUGUUCUCAAACAUCGAUCCUUACUCAUUUGUUUCUCCUUCUGCGUAUGACACUGCAUGGCUAGCCAUGGUUCCAGAUCCUCAGGAACCAGGUCAACCAAUGUUCAAAGGGUGCUUGGAUUGGGUACUGAAUAACCAGAGAGAAGAAGGGUUCUGGGGAGAGUGUGAUGGCCAUGGCAUGCCCACCAUCGAGUCUCUUCCAGCAACUCUUGCAUGUGUAGUUGCACUCAAGAAGUGGAAUGUUGGGACAAAGGAAGUACAAAGAGGAUUGGAAUUUGUGGAUGAAAACACUGCAAAGCUUCUUGGUGAUGAUCAUUUUCCUCGGUGGUUUGCCAUUAUUUUCCCUGGAAUGAUUGAUCUCGUGCGUGAAGUUGGUCUAGAGCUUGCCUUUCCUAAGCAACUAGGACUAUCAACGAACAUUUUUGGUGAAAGGCAAAGUAUUCUUGAAAGGGAGGAACUGGUUGGAGAACAAUAUCCUCCAUUGCUAUCAUAUCUUGAAGUCCUAAAACCAGCUGAUGAUAAUCUCAUUAAAGAAAGCUUGACCAAGCACUUAAGCUUUGAUGGCUCGUUAUUCCACUCCCCCGCAGCUACAGCUCGAGCAUUCAUGGCCACGGGCGAGAGAGAGUGCUUAGCUUAUUUGCAAACUCUUGUUCAAAGAUGCCCUAAUGGAGUUCCACCAACAUAUCCUAUGGAUGAGGACCUAAUACAACUUUGCAUGGUGAAUCAACUUCAAAGAUUAGGGUUAGCCGACCAUUUCACUCAAGAAAUAGACCAUAUUUUGGCCCAUAUUCACAGGAGUUAUUACAAUCAAGAAUCCAAGGGAGGAUCAAGAAGUGCAAUUGCAACUCGGCUACAUAAGGAUUCUUUAGCAUUUCGGCUUCUCCGUAUGCAUGGUUACACAGUAUCUCCACGGAGCUUCUGUUGGUUUUCAAAUGAUGAAAAAGUUCAAGAUCAUAUAGAGAAGAAUUUUGAAUUCUUCUCAAGUGUAAUGUUGAAUAUUCAUAGAGCCACAGAUCUUAUAUUUCCAGGAGAAUACGAACUUGAAAAGGCAAGAUCCUUUUCAAGGAAAUUACUUGAGAAAUACGUAUCAGUAGGAAAUGGAGAGCGGUCUUUUCUCAAAACGAUGAUCAAGCAUGAGCUCAGUGUUCCAUGGAUUGCUCGACUGGAUCACUUGGAACACAGAAUGUGGGUUGAAGACAAAGAUAUGAAUGCAUUCUGGGCUGGAAAGACUUCCUUCCAUAGGUUGCCAAGCUUUCGAAACGAGAAGCUAAAGAAACUUGCAGCUAAGGAUUAUGAGUUUCGACAAUCAAUUUACAGGACAGAACUGGAGGAACUGACAAGGUGGUCUAGGAAAUGGGGUCUUGUCAAUUUGGGAUUUGCCAGAGAGAAAACAACAUAUUGUUACUUUGCCAUAGCAGCCUGCAUUUCUUUGCCUUACAACUCUGCGUUAAGAAUGAUGGUUGCAAAGAGUGCAAUUCUCAUUACAAUUGCUGAUGAUUUUUUUGAUUCUCACGGUUCGCUACAUGAUCUCAACACCCUCAUCUCUGCAAUUCAAAGAUGGGAUGGCAAGAGCUUGAAUGGGCAUUGCAAAACUAUCUUUGAUGUCCUUGAUGAUCUUGUGAAAGAAAUUGCAGCAAAACACCUCCAUAGUCAAGGAUCAGAUAUAACAAACCAUCUGCAACACCUAUGGUAUGAAACAUUUGUUUCAUGGCUGGUGGAAGCUCAAUGGAGUAGGAGUCAAUGCGUGCCAUCAAUGGAAGAAUACCUUGAAAUUGGCAUGACAUCCAUUGCUGCACAUACACUAGUUCUUCCAAUUUCUUGUUUCUUGACUCCUAGCAUUCCGGAUCACACACUCCAACCAAACCAAUAUGAGACACUCACCAAAUUGCUCAUGCUCAUAACUCGCUUGUUGAAUGACAUUCAAAGCUACCAGAAGGAAGAAGAGCAAGGAAAAUUGAACACUGUGCUACUAUAUUUGAAAGAAAAUCCCGAGGCAGAUAUUGAAGACUCAAUUGCUUAUGUGAAAGGAAUGCUAGAGACGAAGAAGAAAGAAUUACUCCAACAUACUUUCAUUGAUGGCUUUAGUGAUCUGCCAAAACAUUGCAAGCAGCUUCAUCUAUCAUGCCUGAAAGUAUUUGCGAUGUUCUUCCAUUCAAGCAACCGAUAUGAUAAAGAGGACACAAAAAUGCUUAAAGACAUUCAACAAGCAAUCUAUAGUCCUCUACAUGUUGGAAGAACAUCAAAGGUAUUGACAAAGAAGCCUGUUGCUUCUUAUUCUGGUUCAAAAGAACAUAGAAUAAUCAACUAUGAAUUUGGUCAGCACUCCAAAUAUCACAGCAGGAGAGUCAUAGCCAGACUUUUCUCGCCAAUAUCAAGGCGUGGAUGUGAUAUUUUGUUCAUGCAACCAAAAUUUAAACUGUCUUUAGUUUGAAACAGUAUUUACUAGAUGUAACAUCGCAAAAGUAGUAUAUCUCUUGAGCAAUAAUGUUCUCAAUGAAUGUCAUGUACCCUUGUUUUCUUCAAUAUCUAUGCAAUAAGAAAAAUGGAAAUCCUAA